AUGGCUCAAGGUAUCUAGAGAUUACUAAACAGAAAACUUUAAGAAUCUAAAACAAUUAACAUGAAAGGAGAGUCUGGUAAAACUAAGUCUCACGAUAUAGACUACAAGAAAUGCAAAUUGUCCAGUACUGCAUUCAGAUAAACUAAUGCUUUAAGAAAUCAUUAAGAAUAUAGUGAUCCCUAACCUUAAGCAACCAUUCAGUAUAAUUAGUCACAAAAUAAAGCAUCCAGGCAAUCAUCUCGACAACAAAGUCCUUAUAUCAUAAGACAGUCUUUAAGCAUUAAGAAAAGUUAGAGCUCUGUUAAACUUCCUAGUAGCGAACCAAACAGAGUGGUGUCUAUGUGUUUUUAAAAUAAAGAGUCACCGUUUCUUAACAUGAUUUCAUCAGCAGAAGUAAGAAGUAAAGACCUUGUGCAGAAUCCAGUCAAAUUAAGUGAUGCUCUCCUAACAGACUAGCAUCGUCAGAUGAUUCAUGAUAGAGUCACAGUUAAAAACCAAAAUACAAAUUUCCAAAAAGACACUAACUUCUUCUUUCAAGAUAAAACCUCAUCAAGGUUUAAUGAGACUAAAAGAAAAAAGAUGGAUAAUAAAGCAUUUCGAAAAAAGUAAAUUGGCUUAAGCAAGAAACUCAAAAUUCAAGACUUCCUUCAGCAUAAUCUAGGGUCACUGAAGGUUCAUAAAAGAGGAGAUACCUUUGAUUAAAAUAAAUUCCAUUAAAUUCAGUAACUUAAGAAGAGUUUUUCAUCCUCAAAUUUGAGUAAAUCAAGUUCACAAAGACAAUUCGCAGUAUAUAAAACUAGCAAAUAGUAAAUUGUUUAAACCUCAGCACCAUCAAGCGAAUUAUAAACUUGCUUGGUCUGGAAUAAGGAAUCUUAAAACAUGGUUCUUUAAUCUAAUAACUCGAAGGAUACACUAUCAUCACUAUAUAUUAGAGAAAGAAAAAAGAUUUAAUUGCAAUCGAUGGUUGAUAAACCUAAUGUAUUGACUAAGCCAAAGAUCAAUGAUAAAACCGAGAAGAUCAUUCCGUCUGAAUUGAGAAAAGUGAUUGAGGAGAUAGAGAGAGAUCUUCAGAGAUAUCAUUAAGCUUACUCUGACAGCAUGAUGACCAAUAAUUCACAAACAAAUGGAAGUAUCAGGAUUUAAAAUACAGAUAUAGAUUAGAAACUAAAAGGAAGAAUGAAAAAUGGGAUGGGAAUAGGCUUUUUAGAAAGUGGAGAUAUAUAUUCAGGUGUGUGGAAGGAAGGAAAAAGGGAAGGAUUUGGAGCUUGCAAGUUUUUCAAAGGUGGAUAUUACAAAGGAGAAUGGCUCAAUGAUGAAAUGAUUGGCAAUGGAAUUCUGGUGAAAAUAGAUGGAACAGUUAUUGGUGGAAAAUUCUUGAAUAAUGGAAGAGUAACUGCUGGAUAAAAAUAUCAGAUAUUGUAUCCAAAUGGCGAAUACUAUGAUGGAAUAAUUAAUACACAAGCAAAGAGACAUGGAAAAGGGGCCUACUUUUAUAAAAAUGGAGAUUAUUAUGAAGGUGAUUGGGUUGUAGACAAAAGACAUGGCAAGGGAAAACUAUGUAUGGAAGAUGGAUCUGAGUUUACAGGAGAAUUUAUCGAUGAUAGAGUUGAAGGAGAUGGAGUAUUUGUCGAUGCUGGCCACAAUAGAUACGAGAAUUCAAAGGAAGGCAAAGGGUUUUUUCGAAAUGGUAGACUACAAAGAAAGGGAAAGGCUUUCUUUUAAAAUGGAGAUGUUUACAAUGGUUACUUUAAAGAUGGAUGCUUUGAUGGCAAGGGUAAAAUGAAGUAUAGACAUGUACCAGUACCUGGUUAUUUCGAAUAGGAAGCUGAGUAUAAAGGUGAGUUCAAGCAUGGAAGAAAGCACGGGUUUGGAAAAAUGGAGUGGCAAGAUGGAAGCAAAUUCAAAGGACAUUGGGACAAAGAUCAAAGAAUGCAUGGUGUAAUGAAACUCAAGAAGCAAAACAAGAAAUACGAAGGCCACUUUAAGAAUGAUUUGUUCCACGGGCCAGGAAAGAUGACUUUUAUAUAGUAGAAAUUCGUAUUUGAGGGUGAUUUUCUGCUAGGUAAUUGUCCAACCAAGGGAAAAUUAAUUUACUAAGAAACUGGAGAUAUUUACGAGGGCUCUAUUAAUCAAUAAUUCUAGAGGGAAGGCCAUGGAAAAAUAAUCUAUAGUGAUGGUGAUUAAUACGAGGGCAAGUUCUUGGAAGAUAUGAAGCACGGCUAGGGUCUAUAUAAAUACUCAAAUGGUGAUUUUUACUAGGGAGAGUAUCAAAGGGACAAAAAGCAUGGGACUGGGAGAUUUUAAGAGUUUAAAACUAAGGAGAUAUAUGAAGGCUAGUGGAGAGAUGAUGAAAGGAAUGGAGAAGGAGUAUUAUAUUUAUCAGAUGGUUGUGAAAAGAAGGGAACUUGGAAGGGAUUAUAGAUUAUUAGCAAGACAGUCAAUGAAAAGCCAGCACCUAUUAAAAAGGGCGAAAAGACUCUAGAGGAUUUAUUUUAAUGGGGUAAAAGCUCUCAAAAAGCAAGAGAAGUCAAGCGUUUGUUGGUCAAUGAUUUCUGA